GCUCGAGCUGCUUCCGGCGGGAGCCGGAAGACGCUGUGUGUGGACGGAAUUCGGCACCGACCGCCGGGACUGCUGGGCUGCCCGGGGGUGGAAGACGGCUGGAAGUUUCCCCGAAGGAUUCCAUUCGCCCUUGAGAGUGGGACUCGCGAGAAGACUCUGCUACAGAAUUUGGAAGCUGAAUCAAUGUUAUCAGAUGAGUUAGAAUCCAAACCAGAGCUCCUGGUACAAUUUGUUCAGAACACGUCCAUCCCACUGGGACAGGGACUAGGAGAAUCAGAAGCUAAAGACAUUACUUGCUUGUCUCUCCUUCCAGUGACUGAGGCCACAGAAUGCAGUCGGUUAAUGUUACCAGAUGAAACUCCAAAUCAUACUAACUCCUCCAAGGAGGUCCCUUCCUCGGCUGUGUUGAGAAGUCUCCAGGUGAAUGUGGGACCAGAAGGAGAGGAGACAAGGGCUCAGACUGUACAGAAGUCCCCAGAGUUUUUGUCCACUCCAGAGUCUCCUAGCUUGUUGCAAGAUCUACAGCCAAGUGAUAGCACUUCUUUUAUUCUUCUUAACCUAACAAGAGCAGGUCUGGGCUCUUCAGCUGAGCACUUACUGUUUGUCCAAGAUGAGGCAGAAGAUUCAGGGAAUGAUUUCCUCUCCAGUGAGUGCACAGACAGUGGCAUUCCAUGGUUCGUCCGGGUUCAGGAGUUGGCUCAUGACAGUUUGAUAGCUGCUACUCGCGCACAGCUUGCAAAGAAUGCAAAAACCAACAGCAAUGCAGAAAAUGUCCACCUUGGCUCUGGUGAUGGGCAGCCCAAAGACUCGGGGCCCCUCCCUCAAGUGGAAAAGCAGCUCAAGUGUACAGUUGAAGGAUGUGACCGGACCUUUGUGAGGCGAGCUCACUUCAAGUACCACCUCAAAACUCAUCGAAAUGACCGCUCUUUCAUCUGCCCUACAGAAGGUUGUGGGAAAAGCUUCUAUGUGCUCCAGAGGCUGAAGGUGCACAUGAGGACCCACAAUGGGGAGAAGCCCUUUAUGUGCCCUGAGCCCAGCUGUGGAAAGCAGUUCACCACAGCUGGAAACCUAAAGAAUCACCUGCGCAUCCACACAGGAGAAAAACCUUUUCUUUGUGAAACCCAAGGAUGUGGCCGUUCCUUUGCUGAGUAUUCAAGUCUCCGAAAACAUUUGGUGGUUCACUCAGGAGAGAAGCCUCACCAGUGUCAAGUCUGUGGGAAGACCUUCUCUCAGAGUGGAAGUAGGAACGUGCAUGUGAGAAAGCAUCAUUUGCAGAUGGGAGCAGCCGGGAAUCAAAAGCAGGAACAGACUGCUGAGCCACUAAUGGGCAGUAGUUUGCUGGAAGAAGCUUCAGUAACCAGUAAAAACCUGGUGUCUAUGAAUUCCCAGCCCAGCCUUGGUGGAGAGUCUCUGAAUCUAGCAAAUACCAAUUCUAUCCUAGGAGUAGAUGAUGAGGUGCUUGCAGAAGGAUCCCCCCGUACCCUGUCUUCAGUGCCUGAUGUGACACAUCUCUUGGUGACCAUGCAGUCAGGGAGGCAGUCAUAUGAGGUUUCUGUCUUGACUGCUGUAAAUCCACAGGAGUUACUAAACCAAGGAGGUUUAACUGAGAGGAGGACAUGAAUAUGGGUGCUAACUCCUAGAAGAGUGGCUGUCUGAUCCCAGGGUGCAUAUUGCGGGAUCCAGGAUGCUUUUCCCUAAUGACCUGCCAGAACCAAAAUGAGCCUCCGAAGGACAAGACCCACUUUCACCUCUGUUCAUAUUUGCGGCGCAGAAGAUGAAUGCCAGACUUCUCUUCAGUCUCCCACCUCACCCAGAGGAGGAGGAAAGCAGUGAAUACAGGCUGGGUAACUGUACCUACCUCUCUUCCCACUGCAACAUUUGGGGAUGGACUUCCCCCGAAGUAAAUUGGACUAUGUAUUGACUGAAGUUCCUCAGUAUGACUAUUGAGAGGAGGUUUUCCUUGGAAGAGCUUUCAUUCCAGACUCAGCUAUCUUUUCACAUGGAUGGACAAAGUCCUGCCACCAACUGUAAAACUUCACAAAGAAGUUGAGCUUUCAAGAUGCCUUGUUGCUUUAGAGAAGGGAGCAAUGUCAAUUACCUUGUCACAUCCUCCCUUUAGCAACCUGAGUAAGAGACUCUGCCGCUGGGCUGCAAAAUAAAUAAAUUACUUGAACCCCUA